UUCCUCUUUGUGAAUGAAGUGCAGCAAAAAGUGGCCUUGGAUUACGCUAUCAAUCUCCCAUUCCAUAUGGAUUUUAGUAAAAAUUGUUCCUUUUUGGUUGGGCGUGUGGAGAGAGAAAUAGAUGUAUGGAAUGAUGGGAGGUUGAAUUGUAGGUAAUUGAGAUGAGAGAAUGAUGAGAGGUUGAAUUGUAUGAAACAAAGCAUGGGGUGGGGCAAUCAUUUGGGUGACUUUUCAUCAAACAUGUUGGCUUUACCUUUUACCCCCCCUGCGUUUGGAACCGCGGGGAAAAUCCUAUCCCUCACAUUUUCCUGUUCUAAUGAGGCUAAGGCUUAGGCAAUGCAUGCUCUCUUGUGCCUUUCUCCACAGAGUUGAUGAGGAUGAACUUUAUUGGGACAGAAGGAAGGAAGAUGCAGAAUCAGCGUGGUCGGAUAAUUCUGCUCACGUAAUAUCACAGUUAGCCCAGUGUUUUACUAAUGCUAUGGUUGGACCACGAGCAUGGAUAGGAGGAAUUCUCAGCCGCUCGGGCAUUAAACGGUUUGGAAGUGACAAAUUUUUUGACUAUAUUCUAACUCCUGAUGAGGAGGAAAGUCUUCAGAAGCUACAAGAAAGAUUAGGAGUAGCUUUUGAUGAGUCUCAGCCUGAUCAUCAAGAAGCGCUUCUAGCCUUGUGGAAUUUGUCAUUUCCAGAUGUUGAGCUUAAUGGCCUAGUCUCUGAGCAAUGGAAGGAUAUGGGUUGGCAAGGAUCUAACCCAGCAACCGAUUUCAGGGGUUGUGGUUUUCUUUCACUCGAGAAUUUACUGUUCUUUGCAAGAAAUUAUCCGGAUUGUUUCCAUAGGCUACUUUUCAAGCAAAUUGGAACCAGGGCAACAUGGGAGUACCCUUUUGCAGUUGCUGGGAUUAAUGUUUCGUUUAUGUUGAUUCAGAUGCUGGACUUAAGCUCAGAAAAACCGAGAUGUCUUCCGGGCAUUAAUUUUGUUAAAUUAUUAGCAGCACCUGCAGAUGAUGAAGAGGCAUUUGAUGUCCUUUAUUGUAUAGCAUUUGCUUUGUUGGAUGCACAAUGGCUGGCUAUGCAUGCUUCAUAUAUGGAAUUCAAUGAAGUUUUGCAAAUAACGAGGAUUCAAUUGGAGAGAGAAUUGUCUCUAGAGGACAUACGGAAGAUAACCGAUUUACCAGCCUUCAACCUGAUGUAAGUCUCUGCAUGAAGGGGAAAGUGAAAAAGAAACAAAAGCGAAGUGAGUCUCACAAAUUGAAUCUGAAGAUAUGCGAUCUGGAGAUGGUGUAAUUAUGAGCAACAAAACAGCAGGAAAGAUAGUUGUUAUUUGAGGAUUGUGAAUGUGAAAUUUGGGGGAUUUGAUGCUGCAGUGUAUGAAAGAAUGAAGUUGAGUCUGCAGAUUUUGAGCUUUGAAUGUUAAUCUUAAUAAUAUUUAUUAUGUUCAAUUCUUUUUGUGCUACCCAA